AGAUGGUAGAGCCUGGACUAGAGGGCCGCUGGCAGAUGCGUGGGGCAAAGUACUUGAGACCCGCUUCGUGUAUGACAUGGGGUGUGAUCUGCCUGGAUCGUGGCGUCGAUGAGCCUACCGUUCGACGUCUCGGCGAUUUGCUGACGAACACCAUGGUCGACAAGGGCAUGUGCGCCAACAGGCCCCACCACGUGCAGAUGUUCUUCAACAACACGGACCAGACGCUCACAGAGGCCGUAAAACCUUUCAAGACUAAGCCCGACCUGUUCUUUGUCAUCAUUAAACCGGGAGAUUACGGGACGGUUAAGUUGUUUGAGACCAAGUGCAAGGUGCAGACCGCGUGCAUCCAGCCCAAGAACGCGAAGAAGGCCACGGGCGACCGAGGCGACCAGAUGCUGGGCAAUCUAGUGCUGAAAAUUAACGCCAAGUUGAGCGGCACCAGUCACGUAGUGGGUAGCAAGGGCGGCGCUAGCGUCACACGUCCCUGGGUGUUGGGCAAUCGUACCAUGCUUCUGGGCAUAGACGUAACGCACCCCACAGGCAUGAGUGGCGGUUCAACGUCUGUGGCGUCGAUUGUGGGCUCGGUUGACAAUUGCCAGUCCGUGUAUGCCAGUCACAUCUUCUGCCCCCAGAGAGAGACGCAGGAGAUCUUGAACGCG